UCCUCCUCGUCCUUCUUCUUCUCAAUUAUUUUGAAGUUCUUAUCGCAAAGAUGGGGGAUUUAGGAGCAAGAGAAACUCGGACGAGUGAACCCACUUCUUCUACAAUAUCUAACGACGGGUCGUGCGAGACCAAGGAGCCUUCCAGCUCGGAAGAUGAAAAUGAAAACUCAAUCGUGUUCGGAUUGAUCGAGUAAAUCGCUCUUCAACCUUAGUUUAUACCCGUGUUCGUGGAUGAAACUGAUCUCUUUUGGAGAAGAAUUUAUUACAAUAUACACAUGCAUCUAUAGGGCAAUCUGGUGACGGAAUCCAUGUCUACAGAAUGGACAGAUGAGAAACACAGCUUGUACCUCAAGUCCAUGGAAGCAUCAUUUGUAAACCAGUUAUAUGAUUCCACGGAUUCUCUUGGUUUUUGCCGCUUGUCAGAUUCAACAUACUCCAGGAAAAAGUAUCUUAGCACUCGCACCCCUUCUGGCCAGUUUAAGGUUCUUCUAGGUGGCCGCUGGAAGGAGAUUAAUUUUGACAGAGCUGUUGAGCUUCAACUCAAGAAUGCAGACGGGUCUAAAGGUCUUCUGGCAAAUCCUUGGAUACGGCACUUUAGCUCUGGAUGCACACCACGUGUUGUAGGAUCUGCAGAUCUCCCGAACAAUGUUACAACCACAAGUGAAGCUUUGGAUUUAGUUGGGAACCACAGUGUGUUCUGCGGAUCAGAUACUUGUAAUUUGAAGCACAAUCGUGCGUGUCACUUUCAUCUAGACCAUCAUGAUUUGGUUAGCAGCGACACAGAGGGGUCUGAUCAGAACUUUGCUAAUGAAGAAGCUGAAGGAGAAAAGGAAAGCCUUAUGUGCAAAGCAAAAAGGUUGAAAUCUUGUUCAAGUGAUGCUUCUAUCAAUGAUCAGGUUGUUCCACAUAAUAGCUCUCCCACAACAGAAGAUGUUACCAAGAAUUGUGUCCCGAACCGUGCAUAUCAAUAACGAGGAGAUCUAACAGAGGUAUUCACUGCUGUGCGAGAUGAAGGGGAAAAGUUGCUUUUCGGUUCUUAAGCUGUUCUGGUGGUUCUUGCCUAGCAUCAGUGCUACCAGAUAGGAAGUAUAAAGAUCGUGGAAGCAUGAACUGUCUGCGGCCAUCAAUCUAUGUGUGUGUGUACAUACAUUGAUAUAUAUAUCACUGCCACUAUUCUGGUAAUAUACUAGGACCAUUGGCUGUGUUGAAAAUUGGAGCCGUGUUGAAUGACAUGUAGGCGUUAGUGUUACUGAUUGAUUAUCCGCAAGAAUUUCUUCCGGAUGUAGAAUAGAUUAUCUGCAUCUAUUUCUGGAUGAUAUGGCAAAAAUGCUUUUUUCUA